CCGACAAGAUGGCGGUCCCGGCAGCCCCGUGGAGGCGGCCGCGGCUCGGUCUCGGGCUGUAGGGCGAGGCUGGGGUCUGGAAGCAGGCCUCGCCAAGGUGACAGGAGGUCGGGGCGGCGCCGCCGGGCCUCGUGGGGUGCCAGGCCUCGUCGCUGCCGUCCCCGUGCCCCGCCGCUUCCCCAUCCCUGCCCAGGGGUGGAACCGGAGAAGGUCAGGUCCUCCGCCCCGCCCCGUCCGUCCUCGCCGCAGGGCGGACGCUGUGCAGUGGGUGGCUCACUGUUAAAUUGACUUCACCCACGUGCAGCCUCCAUGGCCGCCUCGCAGGUUCCGGGGGAGAAGAUUAACAUCCAGGCAGGAGAGAUGGCCAAGGUCGGGGACAGGGACCUACUGGGGAACGGCUGUCCGGAGCAGGACAGACCCCCGCAGCGCUCGUGGAGGCAGAAGUGCGCCUCCUAUGUUCUGGCCCUGCGGCCCUGGAGCUUCAGUGCCUCACUCACCCCGGUUGCCCUGGGCAGUGCCCUGGCCUACAGAUCCCAGGGCGUCCUAGAUCUCAGGCUGUUGGUGGGCUGUGCCGUAACUGUCCUCGCUGUGCACGGGGCUGGCAAUUUGGUCAACACUUACUACGACUUUUCCAAGGGCAUUGACCACAAAAAGAGUGAUGACAGGACCCUGGUGGACCGUAUCUUGGAGCCCCAGGAUGUCGUCCGGUUUGGAGUCUUCCUCUACACCUUGGGCUGUGUCUGUGCCGCUUGCCUGUACUACCUGUCCCCUCUGAAACUGGAGCACUUAGCUCUCAUCUACUUCGGAGGCCUGUCUGGCUCCUUUCUCUACACAGGAGGAAUUGGAUUCAAGUACCUGGCUCUGGGAGACCUCAUCAUCCUCAUCACUUUCGGCCCGCUGGCUGUGGUGUUCGCCUACGCCGUCCAGGUGGGGUCCCUGGCGGUCUUUCCGCUGGUCUACGCUGUCCCCCUCGCCCUCAGCACCGAGGCCAUCCUCCACUCCAACAACACCAGGGACAUGGAGUCUGACCGGGCGGCUGGCAUCGUCACGCUGGCCAUCCUCAUCGGCCCCACUCUCUCCUAUGUGCUGUACAACACGCUGCUCUUCCUGCCCUACCUGAUCUUCAGCAUCCUGGCCGUGCACUGCAGCAUCAGCCUGGCGCUGCCCCUGCUCACCAUCCCCAUGGCCUUUUCCCUGGAGAGACAGUUCCGAGGCCAGACUUUCAACAAACUGCCCCAGAGGACUGCCAAACUCAACCUUCUGCUGGGCCUCUUCUACGUUUUCGGCAUCAUUCUGGCACCAGCAGGCAGUCUGCCCAAAGUCUAAGGGCACCAGUAGCCCCCCCACAACACGUCCCCCUUUCUUAGGAGGUGUUGAAGGCAGCAUCUCUGAGCAGGGAAGGUGGUUUGACAGCGAGGGGCCUAUGGAUGGCUUGUGGACACCCACCUUUUUUAUGAUUACAUUCUUAAAGAGAAUGUUUUGUUUUUGUUAUUCCAUUUUAUGGGGACUCUUGAAAGUACUGUGGUAUCAGAAGGUAAAUUGGACGUGUGGCCCUUGUUUUAUUUAUAAUUUCCACUAGAGGGUGUUGUUAGGUCACUUUUAAGUGGACUAAAAUGCCCUAAGACUUGGUGAAGGAGCCGCCUGGGUUGGCCUCCUAUCCUGAAAGAGCCAUAGUAACUGGGCCAAGUGUCCUCUGCUGUCUUGGUCUGGCAGGAUACAGUGAUGACCCCCAGUGACAGGGAGCACUGUCUCUUCCCCGAGCACUGGAGUCCUGAAAUACGCUGCUUGAGAGAGAAACUCCCUCAUUAACAGCCCGACUGGGCUCCCGGGUUUUUGCCUACAUGGUGAUUCAGACCCUUUUGUCCUCACUUCAGUUAUUGCCACAGUUGAGGAGAAGUGUCAGAUUACCCCUGCAGCAAGACAGUGGAGCUGGGAACUUGGAAGGAAAAAAAAAAAAAAACCCACCCCGGAGGCAGCUGAGAAAAUCACUCUGCUUUUGGAUAGAAACUGGUAGAAUGGCUGGUUUCCCGUUGUAGAGCCCACGGGCAUGACAGGAGGCGCUCCCAGUCCUUUCAGUGACUGGCAGGCGCUCUGAAGUUGCAGAGGCCCUGCUGUCCUCGCCGGCUACUGAAAGCCCACGGGCUGCUUCUUCGCCUGCCCGCACCACCCGCCUUCCCGUCACGCUCCCCUACACCCGCCCUCCGUUUUUUAUCACGUCUCCAUUUGUGUGUCUCCCACCCGUGGAGCCCUGCUGUUUGGGCAGCAGCUUAGCAGCUGAGUCAGGGAUGGUUGCGCCACCCACAGAACCACAGGACGAGCAGACCAGGGACGGCAGCUCCUCCAUGAGUGAAUAAGCCAGCGGUCAAACAGUCCUGACCCUGUUCAGCCAAAAUGACAGGCCCACCAGGGAAGAAACUGCAUCUUCCUCCUUGAGGACAGGUGUACGAGACUGACCUGACGUCUCCCAGAGGCUUCAGCUGCCCUGUACAGUCAGAGUUAAUUUGCAGCCAGGAUGGGGGAAUUCCAACACUGAUCAAAGCUGCUUCGCGUUUCAAUGUGUCUGUGAGGUAUAACUCCUGGGCUGGAAUUGCUCGUUUGCAUUGCAUCCGAGACUGAAAUAGAUGGAGGCCGUCGUCCUUAUGCUUUUCUGUUGUGAUUAUGGCCAUUCUGAUAGGUAUUUCAGGGUCGUGGCCUACAGAAAAUGACAUCAGAACUAGCUCUUAAUCCUUAAAAGCAGGCCAAUUAUGAUUUGGUUCCUUGGGUUAGAAUUGGGCAGCUUACUUGGAAAAAAUAUACUUGGAAAUUGCGAGAGGUUCUUUGAAGUUAAAAGUGGUUUGUCCACAGCGUUCCAGAACCCUCGAGUAGUGGUUAGAGCCCCGUAACGAGGGAAGGAGGACUGCCCUGUCUCUUGCCUGUCUUCCCAGCACCAUUUUUGUUUCAUGCCGAGUUUAGUGGCGUUUUGGUGCUCACAGGAGUCCAGCCUUCAAAGCCAAGCUCUUUGGGCUCCUCUUCCGAGGGGGCCAUUGUCACAUAAGGCUCACCCCUGAGGCCAUCGGACCGAGAGCUCCACGUGUCCACAGACCAGACCUUGGUAAGCCCUCCCAUCGGGGUGUCACUUAACCUCUGCACUGUGUUCUGGUGCAGGUUUUAGUGCAUAUUUUUAUACAUAAAUCUUUCUAAAAGGGCAAAUUUGGUGCCAGGUUUUAUAUGCAUAAUUUGUAUGACAUCCCCUGAUUCAAUAAAGGUUUCCUUUAGACUUGUUAAUAAACAGAUUUUUUUUAAUUAAAGGAAAAUG